UGCCGUGGGGCGUUGUGGGUAGCUGGCCGGGGUCUCCUGGCGACGACGAUGGCGGGGGAUGUGGGCGGUCGCAGCUGCACGGACUCGGAGCUGCUCCUGCACCCUGAGCUGCUUUCCCAGGAGUUCCUCCUCCUCACCCUGGAGCAGAAGAACAUAGCUGUUGAAAAUGACGUAAGAAUAAACAAAGACAAUCUUACUGAUCUUUAUGUCCAGCAUGCAAUACCGCUGCCUCAGAGAGAUUUGCCAAAGAACAGAUGGGGAAAAAUGAUGGAAAAGAAACGAGAGCAGCACGAGGUUAAAAUUGAAACUAAAAGGAGUAGCCCUGCAGAGGGGUUGAGGAAAAGACCCCUCAUUGUAUUUGAUGGCAGUUCGACUAGCACGAGCAUCAAAGUGAGGAAGGCGGAGGACGGAGAGAACGAGCGACUCAAGCCGCCCCCGCAGGCCAGCGUCACCAGUAAUGCCUUUCGGAGAUUAGCGAGUGCCUCUUCAAGUGCUUCCCCCCUAAUUUUGUCUUCCAAUUUGCCUACGAACAAUAAAAUACCACACAAUAACAAUGACACUAAACAGAACCAUGACUUAACGCAUAGGAAAAGUCCUUCGAGCUCUGUGAAGUCACCACCUCUGUCCCCUGUGGGAACUACUCCAGUGAAGUUAAAGCGCGCUGCUCCGAAGGAAGAAGCAGAGGCCAUGAAUAACCUGAAGCCUCCAGAAACAAAGAGAAAGAUACAGCAUGUUACAUGGCCAUGAAGGAAAGUUUC